AUGUAUAAAGUUAUAUUCCAUAAAUCUCACUUUGAUGUCCUUCAAACCAUUCAGGUUAGAACUCCCCCAUUCCCCAUAACCCUCUCUGCCUCGAUACGAAGAGGCUUUGACCCGACUAGGAAGGUAAUCCUAAAUGGAGCAGAGGUAUUUAAGGCCAAUAAAUACGAAGACAGGGAGCCAUCAUUAGUAAAGCCAUCACUCAUUGAGGAGGAAGCCGGCCCACUAACGACUACCCGACUAUCAUUACAGGCCCUGCUAUUGAGAGGUCUGCAAAGGGACACUAUCCCUCCCCCAUUCCUCUGCAAGUCUUCCCUCAAGCGGAUUUACACUAAGCAUCCUGGAUUUAUAUAA